CGGGCUGGAGGCAUUCAUUUAGUCAAUCUACGCGAGCUACUGAAUGACAACUAUUAGGGCUUAUCAAGUAAUUCUGCUGUUAAUCGUCGCACUAGUGCUAUCGACUUCACUGUCGAUUGUUCAAGGCUUAACCUUCGGAGAAGCUCCAGGAUUCGCUGUCGGCACCACCGGUGGGGGAGACGCAACACCUGACCACCCCAAAACACUCGAGGAACUAAUAGAACUCCUCGGCGAUGAUCAACCACGAGUCGUCGUCCUUGACAAAGAAUUUAGCUUCCUCGGGUCCGAAGGAAACACUACCGAGACAGGGUGUCGACCCAAGUCCAACACGGCCUGCCUCGCCAAAAACAACGGAUUCAAGGGCCAGGACGUAAUCCUGUUUCCAGGUGACACUACCCUUACCCACACGGGAGGGUGUGACCAGCAAGUGAAGGUGGAGAUCACGUAUGACAACGCCAAUAAGCAAAUGAUGUCCGUUGGCAGCAACAAGACGCUGCGUGGUGUCGGCAAGAAAGGGGUAUUGAAAGGCAAAGGACUCAAGCUCGAGGGUGACAACAUCAUCAUCCAGAAUAUCCACAUCACUGAGCUCAACCCGCAGUAUAUUUGGGGAGGAGAUGCCUUCUUCAUGGGAGGCAUCGAUAAACGCGCAUUGAAGAAAAUCUGGAUCGACCACGUUAAGGUGUCACGUGUUGGACGGCAGAUGUUCGUCAGUGGUUUUGACGGUGUCGAGAGUAUCACGAUCAGUAACUCGGACUUCGAUGGCCGCACAGACUGGUCGAGUUCGUGUGACGGUCGUCACUACUGGGGGUUCAUUCUGGACGGCACUACUACGCGCGUGAGCUUCCUCCAGAACUACGUCCACUCGACAUCGGGCCGUUCACCAAAAAUCAUCGGUGCGUCAAGUCCGAAUGCAAACGUGGUGGCGCACAUUGCCAACAACUACUGGUCCGACAACUCGGGUCAUUCGUUUGAGCCAGGGAAGAACGCUUUCGUUCUGGCUGAAGGCAACUUCUUUGAGGGUACGUUACAGCCCAUGGAGGCCGACGCUGAGAAAGCGAGCAUCUCGGUGGCGGACGAUUGCAGUGCUGCACUGGGUCGUUCGUGUCCUGGCAACACUGUAGAGAAGAGUGGCAAGUUUGAGUCGGUGAACGGAGCGCGAGCUCUAGAGACGGUGAAGAAGUACAAGGAGAUCACGGGAUACAAACCGGGUGAGGCUACUCAGCUAUCGGAAUCGGCUGAUAACUUCGGCGUUGGCACGUUGGGCGAUUCACCGUCCCAGGGAGAAGUUAACCAGACGGACGGCUCUCAAUCAGAGGCUAAUACCAAGCAAGAGGAUCCUGCUCCCGGUACAAGUACUACUGGAAGCCAGAGUGUUAAAAUGCUAAUUAAUGGGAGCACCGGUGCCGAUGCACCAAAUUUAAAUGGACAAGAGAGCGCAGCUGAUGGUAGCUCCGGAAAACAAGGCAGUAACGGAGAGACUCCGUCUCCAGCAAACCAAGGAAGCAACGAGGGAGACAGCACUCAACAAACUGACGGCCAAGGGAGCGUUCCCCAGGAUUCCGGUCCACCAGAAACACUUCCGCAGAAACCUAAGUGUACAAAGAUAAGUCGUCGCGUUUAAAUGGCGAUGAAGGGUAAGGUACCUGCAGCUACAGUGUAGUUGUCCAAAUACGCUUAAAAAAUGACAUUGAUGUGGUUGA